GUCAUGAAACAUUUUAGUUUAGAAUUUGCAAAGACUGGAACUCCAAAACCAAAACCUCUCUCUUUCUCUGAGUCUUACCCAGCCACCAUUUCAAACUUUGCUCUCUUCAAUUUUCCGUCGGUGCAGGUUAUCUGGGUUACAGAUUCGUCGAACGCUUCGAUUUUGGGUCUUCUGAUUUUUGGGUUACGGACUAUUUGGGUUUUAAUUUCAGUUCUCUUUGCUGGGUUUGGUUUCCUGAAAGCAGUAAGAUUGGUCUUCCGGUUUCGUUUUGGAAUUGGUUUUGUUUAUAGGCAUUGUGGGUUUCAUACCAUUACAGGGUUUGUGGUAGCUUUGAGACUCAUUAUUGGGUAUUGGGUUUCUUUAGGUUGAGUUGGUUCAAUGUGUUUGCUCUAGCUUGACGAAAGAGAGACCCACCAGAUUGCGCAAGGAUGAACGCUUCAAUAAUCGACCCGCUGCAAGGUGAUUUCCCAGAAGUGAUAGAGGAGUAUUUGGAACAUGGGACUAUGAAAUGCAUUGCCUUCAAUCGCCGCGGCACUCUUCUUGCUGCUGGGUGCUCUGAUGGUAACUGCAUAAUAUGGGAUUUUGAGACCAGGGGCAUUGCUAAGGAGCUUCGUGAUAAAGAAUGUGUUGCUGCCAUAACUAGUGUAUGUUGGUCAAAGUAUGGUCAUCGUGUUCUUGUGUCUGCAGCUGACAAGUCGUUGACACUAUGGGAUGUUGUUAGUGGUGAGAAGAUAACAAGAACGAUACUGCAACAAACUCCUCUACAAGCUCGGUUACAUCCUGGUUCCUCUACUCCAUCUCUCUGCCUGGCUUGUCCUCUCUCAUCUGCUCCCAUGAUUGUUGACUUGAAUACAGGAAGUGCAACUAUGCUUCCAGUUUCCAUUCCGGACUCUAACCCAGUAGUUGCUCCUCCAUCACGGAAUAAAAUUUCUGAUGGAACUCCACCCUUUUCUCCUACUGCUGCUUGCUUUAAUAAGCAUGGGGAUCUGGUUUAUGCGGGGAACUCCAAAGGGGAAAUACUUCUAAUAGAUUAUAGAAGUGUCCAAGUCCUUGCCAUGGUUCCUACUUCUGGAGGUUCUGUGAUUAAGAACAUAGUAUUCAGCAGAAAUGGUCAGUAUCUACUUACAAACUCAAAUGAUAGAACAAUAAGGAUUUACGAGAACCUUCUCCCCUUGAAAGAUGGACUUAAAGCGCUAAAAGGCCUAACUGCCCUUGAUAGCUUAGAUGAUGUUGAGAAGUUGAAAGUUGUUGGAUCAAAAUGCUUAACACUUUUCCGUGAGUUUCAAGAUACCAUCACAAAGAUGCAUUGGAAAGCACCUUGUUUCAGUGGUGAUGGUGAGUGGGUAAUUGGUGGUUCUGCAAGCAAAGGUGAACACAAGAUUUACAUAUGGGACAGGGCCGGGCAUCUUGUGAAAAUUCUUGAAGGACCAAAGGAAGCCUUGAUUGAUUUAGUGUGGCAUCCUGUUCAUCCCAUUGUUGUCUCUGUUUCCUUGACUGGCUUGGUUUAUAUAUGGGCUAAAGAUUACACAGAGAACUGGAGUGCAUUUGCUCCUGAUUUCAAGGAGCUUGAGGAAAAUGAGGAAUACAUUGAACGAGAAGAUGAAUUUGAUCUGAUCCCCGAAACUGAAAAGGCCAAAGAAUCUAAUGUUAAUGAAGAUGAUGAAGUUGAUAUCGUGACAGUGGACAAGGAUUCCGCUUUCAGUGAUUCAGAUAUGUCACAGGAAGAGCUAUGCUUCUUGCCAGCAAUUCCUUUGCCUGAUGCUCCUGAGCAACAGGACAAGUGCUUAGAAAGUUCAUCAAAGUUGGUGGAAAGUAAUAAUUCUGGCUCCCCUCUUUCAGAAGAGGGCAGACCAAAUGGACGUACAAUGAAUCAUGCAUCAAGUCCACUUGAAGAGGACCCUGGAGCAACACGCUUGAAAAGAAAACGGAAGCCAUCCGAGAAGUGGUUGGACUUGCAGCUUUAGAAAUGUUAGUAACCCUUGAAAUCUUCUUGUAGAUCAUAAUUUUAUAACGGUAUGUUAUAACACUGCGAAAGAUAGUGGUAGUUCUAUUUUUGUAUUCUUAGC